AUGUUUGUCUCAGCAGUCCUGCUGUUAGUAUGCCUUUACUUUUUAAUUCUCAAAACCCGGAGGCCCAGGAACUUUCCUCCAGGACCCUUUGCUCUGCCCAUAUUGGGAAACCUUUUACAGCUGAGCCUGGAGGAUCCCUUGAAGUAUGUUGAGAAGCUGAGGAGAACUUAUGGAAAUGUCUACAGUCUGUUCAUCGGUUCCAAUCCAGCUGUUGUCAUCAGUGGGUUAAAGGUCAUGAAGGAGGCCAUAGUGACCAAGGGGGUGGAAUUUGCUGGACGACCCCAAGACCUGUUCAUCAAUGCUAUCACCAUGAAAAAAGGCGUUGUAGGAGUGGCUCUGGCCGACUAUGGGUUGAGUUGGAAGGAGCACCGUCGCUUUGCUCUGAUGACUCUGAGAAACUUCGGGAUGGGGAGGACCUCAAUGGAGGACCGGAUUCAUGGGGAGAUUCAGUACCUCAUCAAAACUCUGGAGAGCAACGUUGGUGAAACCAUGAGUCCUGAGCACAUGUUUCACAAGGCAGCGUCAAACAUCAUCUGCCAGGUUCUGUUUGGUACACGCUACGACUAUGACAACGACUUUGUCACAGUGAUAAUUCAGUCUGUUGUUGAGAUUACCAAGCUCAUCAAUGGUCCUUGGUCGAUGCUGUAUGAUUCCUUUCCCUUCAUUCGUAACCUGCCACUACCCUUCCAAGAGGGCAUUAAAAAUGCUGAGAGAAUAGUGGCUGCUAUUGGGGAUUUAGUUACUGAGCACAAGAAGACCAGAGUCCCCGGAGAGCCUCGAGACUUCAUUGACUGUUACCUGGAUGAAAUGGACAAGAGACUCGAUGAUUCUUUAUUUUCAGAAGAGCAGCUGAAUUUGAUUGGCCAGGAUCUUUACAUCGCCGGGACCGACACCACCUCCAACACCCUGCUGAGUGGUUUUCUUUACCUCACAAACAAUCCGCACGUACAAGAAAGAUGUCAGCGGGAGAUUGAUCAGGUGCUGGAAGGGAAGGCUCGGGUCACUUUUGAGGACAGACAUAAAAUGCCUUAUGUUCAGGCUGUGAUCCAUGAAAUUCAGAGAAUGUCCAACACUGUUCCGCUCAGUGUUUUUCACUGUACCACCAAAAACACAGAACUCAUGGGGUAUUCACUUCCAAAGGGAACCAUUAUCAUUCAGAACUUGACCUCGGUGCUGAAUGAGGAAGGCCAGUGGAAGUUCCCUCAUGAAUUCAACCCUGAAAACUUCCUCAAUGACAAAGGAGAAUUCUUCAAACCGGAGGCCUUCAUGCCUUUCUCUGCAGGUCCUCGGAUGUGUCUCGGAGAGGGUCUGGCUCGCAUGGAGCUCUUCCUCAUCCUGGUCACUCUGCUGAGGCAGUUUAAGUUCAUCUGGCCUGAAGACGCAGGAGAACCAGACUUCACUCCUGUCUUUGGUCUCACCCUGACACCCAGACCGUAUCGCAUGAAGGUGGAGCUCAGAUCAACCAACGACUGA